CCCACAUCCCACAUCCCACAUCCCACAUCCCACAUCCCAUCCCACAUCCCACAUCCCACAUCCCAUCCCACUCCAUCCCGCCGCAUCUCGUCUUGCCUGCCCCUUUCCCUCUCCUCGUCCUCUUCCUCCCCCGAUCUCCCCUGCUCCGUCGCAUCCGCCACCAAAUGGCCUCGAGCUCCAGUCUCCCGGCCAAGUCGUCGAUGGAUGUGGAUGUCGAUAUGGAUGUGGAUGACACAACCUCGAAAGCCCCUGUCCAGCAAACCCAGCCCGAGCCGUCAGACACGGCAUCCUCCAAACCAGCCGACUCCCUUGGUCCCUGGCUCCAUCCCAUCGAGUGUCUCAUCAACGGCGCCCGCGACGAGCCCGAUGCCCUCCUGAUCAACACAUACGAAAGCGGCGCCUCCGAGCGACACUCCUAUCGCCAGGUGUGGAGGAGAGCAUACUCGAUCGCCCAGGGGCUCAGGGCCCUCGCCGGCUGGGACGACGCCGACCACGAGGUCAUUGGCACCUUCUGCGAGUCCGAGGUCAACUGGGUGUUCUAUUCCCUUGCAGUGUGGAUGCUUGGCAAGAAGACAAUCAACUUUGGUCUCAACCUGCCUCCGGCUGCCCGAAAGGCUCUGUGCGACAGAUACUCAAUCAAGUAUAUCCUGCACCACUGCGUCAAACCCGGACGCACACAGGGAGUGACUCUUGUGGAUGCAUCGACAUUCCCGAUGCUGGACGACAUCCCACUGCCCUCGCUUGAGGCGUGCGAGCCUCUCGAUGAGUUCAUCGCCUAUGCAUGCACUUCUGGAACGACAGGCAUCCCCAAGACUUUCAUAUACUCUCAUUACGGCCCCAUAACUGCUCGAGAAUCUGUCGGAUUCACACAUUGCAAUAUCGGAAUAUGCCAAGCGCCCUCAUUCCUUGCCACAUUGAAUCUUUUCUUGACUGCACUGAAUCUCCAAGGGUCAGCAUGGAUCCCCAGAGCAACUCCGAACCCUGUUGAGAAAGUCCGAAGUAUUUCCAAGAUGCUUGACGAUGGUCUUGCUUAUCUCUUCAUGCCGCCAUCGUUUUUGAAGCUGUUGAUUGGAGUCGGAGUGUCGGAAAACAGACACAUCAGUUUGGCGAGGAACAAGAAAGAUCCUCCUUGGGUCCGAAAUCGUGCCCCGAAGCGUCGUUUGUGAAGCCAGACGCCGCUUCCCAAAUGCCGAGAUUCAAUCUGUCUACGGAUGCAGCGAGUCUCUGUUGAUUGGAGCCGCUACAUACUUCAGUCUCCCGGCCGAUGUCACCGAAGUCCCUCCCAAACUUGUGUACAAACUCGCCAAGCCAGGAGUCCGCUGCCAUAUCAUCGAC